CUGCUACCCUUUAAAAAAGGCUAUUCUUUACAACUUAACUCAUUACCUGGAUCUACUGUUGUCAAAUAGAACUUUCUACCGUGAUGAAAAUGUUCUAUAUCUGCGCUGUCUUGUGCGUAGCCACGUGUGACUACUGAGCACCUGAAAUGUAGCUAGUGCAAUGAAGGAACUGAAUUUUUUGUUUUAUUUAAUUUCAGCCAACUUAAAUAGCCACAUGAAGCUACCUUAUAGGACAGUACAAGUCUAAAGGGACGUUUAUGGUGGAUGGAAAAUUGGUCUCAAGUGUAAUUAAUGUGCAGAUGAAUAAGAACAGAGAAAAAUCAAACCACACAAUGUUUCCUUUCCUUAUAAUAUGCACCUACUCCUCAAUUAUCGACUAUCUCAUUAUCCGGUAUUUUGCAUUUACGACAAUAGAGAAAAAUCUACUAUCCGACUAUUUUGCGUAUUAGCAACACGCCUGGCAGUAACCCUUUCAUGACCAGCAGGACAUAGAGCACCCACCUACAUUAUCCAACUCUCAGGUCCAGAGGGAUAUAUGUGUCCCACACAAUAUUUUGUGAUCUGAUGUGGUCAUCCUCCAUUUUCACAUAACACUGGUUUUUGCCUAACAAACAACCUGGUCUUUGGAAUCUAACCUUAUCGAUAGGAAACACUCAAUAUUAUUAUUGCUAAUAAUCAUACUACUAGCUAAACUGGCCUCAGAACAGAAUGAUCUUGCUUUAGGGGAGCAUUUCCUGUUCCAGAUAAAGCAAUGAAUGGCUCUGGAUGAACUUUUUUUUUUGUGCCCUGUAUCUAAACCACCAUUGUUACAAAAUGAGAACAGUGCUACCUAUCCUGUCCCUCAAAGGAACAUGAUUAGGAGGAAUAGCUCUGAAAGCUCUGUGCAUGACUCAUGAGCAUGCUGUACUCUGACCACUUGGUUGGUUGCCCUUUGCUCUCCCUAAUCCCUUCUUCAAUCCUCUCUUGCUUCUCUGUCCCAGAUGAAGAAAGAAGCCCUCUUUGAGGGUGUGGAAACAGAAAAGCACUGGUAGGCGCUGGGGCAAAAAAUAUCAAUCAGGUUACAUGUACAGGUACAUCAUCCAGAUUUUAAGUGCGCUGAAGAACGAGGCUUUUAGGAAGUGUUCUGCACUUCAUGCUGCCAUUCCCCCCCAAUAAACAGCUGUCAGUUGGCAGUAUGACUACUGUACCAGCGCUGCUCUGCUCCCUAUCAUUUGAUCACUUCUCUAAAUCUACAGGCUUUAUGAAUUAAUUUCCUUUGAAUUUACUCAACCUUACUUCAUUCAGCAGUGACAAGUUUAUUUCUCAGCUAAUGAGUCGGGAAUCUUUUCUUUUGUUGUUCGAAGAGCUGCGCUUUUGGACUUUAUGCAAUCCUCAGAUAGAGAGAUCUGGACAAUGAAUGAGUCACCUGCUAAUCAUACCACCUGCUGCUCCUGCCUGGGUUAGUCACAGCAAAUCACCCCAUCCAGGUAUGCAGUGCUUAGCCCGUAGUAGGUUAUUACUGAGUAUUUUUUUUACAGAUGAAUGUAUGACUGAAGGAAAGUGACUCACGUGUAAGGGAAGGCAGCCUGAUUUAUAUAAAGUGUACUAGGUCUCAAGAUACGUUUAAAAACGAGACCGUCAUCUUGAUUAUUUUUGGACUAGGUUAAAAGUUUUACCAAUGCCUACCCGAUUAAUUUGCCCUGGCUUCAAUGACAGAAUUCCCUUUUACACCCUGACCACACUACAGGUUUCUCUCGUCUUACGGCUCAAGCACAAUAACUGCCCCCUGCUGAGUCCACCGCCCAGGAGCCCUGGUGGAGCCGCGGUUGAAGCGCUCGGCAGCUAACCAAAACGUUGGUGGUUUGAACCCACCAGCCCCCUCCGCGGGGCAAAGAUGGGGCAGUCUGCUUCUUUAAAGAUUUACAGGCUUGCAAACCCUACGAAGAAUUCUACUCUGUCCUAUAAGUCGUUAUAAACUCCCCGAUAGUGCGUUUCGUUUUUGGUUUUGGGGGUCCACGGGCGCUAGGCCCGGCGUACUGAGAGGAAGAUGCCUUGGCCCCUCACCCCGGCAGCACCUCCCUGGGCUCCCCGCAGGGCUAGGGGCGUCUCCCGCAUUCUCGCAGCCCGUGUCACAAGCCCCCUCGCCUCAGAUCCCGGCGGCAACCUUCCGGCUUCCGCCGGGCCCAUGGGGCCCGGAGGCGGCGCAGGGGAGCCCCACUUCCGCGUCGGCGGGCGGCGUGCUCCGUGACGUCACCGCGCCCUGACGUCAAGCCGACGUGCCGCACGGUCGCCCGGGAGACCGGGAAAGCCGUUUCGCCCCCGGCGGAGCGAAGACUAGAUUAUUUUACAUCAGAGCUCUCUCAGUAUAUUCUGGGAAACUAUGGAUCGUCACAUCCCCAUGCAUGCUUUACCUGAAGAAAUCCAAAAGAUGCCUUCUGAAGAAAAAGUUUGUAAGUACUGUGGAGUCAGCUAUCUAAUUCUUCAUGAGUUUAAGGCUAUGGAAGAAAAAGUGAAAGCAAUGGAAAAAGAGAUGAAAUUUUAUCAAGGAAGUGUAGAACGUGAAAAGAGACUUCAAGAAAAGCUACAGUCUCUUAGCCAAGAUCUUCAACAGUACAAAAUUGAUAAUGAAUCCAAAACAAAAAGAAUCCAAGAUGCAAACAUGCAGCUAAAAAGACAGCAAGACGAGUGUAAGAAAGUACAGGAAGAAUUGAGUCAUUUGCAACAAGAGUUAAAAAUUAAACAGAGACUGUCACAGAUCUUCAGUCAAAAAUUGGUGGAGUACAAAUAUUUCUGGAAUAAGACACUUUUAUUCCUUACUUCUACUAAAAGGGAGCUAAGCAGUAUUAAAAAUGAAGUAUAUGAUAAUUUUCAAAACUGGACUUCAUUGAAAGAAGAAGUUUUUCUGCAAAUUAAAUCCAUAAGUGAAACAGCCUUGACAGAAAUAGCCACACUGAACAACAGUUUGACAGUGUCCCAGAGAAAUAAGGUGUGCCUUGAAGAGGAAAUGAAAAAUCUGAAAUUGCUGUCAGAUGCAGCCAUACUGAGAUCUCAGCAGAUUCACACGUCAGAUCAACAGGAAGUAAACCUGCAUACCAGAUGCUAUGAUUUGCAAAAAGAAGUCCUAGACUUACAAGGUCAGGUAGAGGCGCUCGGGCUGAAACUUCAGAAAGCAGUGACCGAGAGGGACAACUACAAAGAAAUGUGCACGAAUAAAUCUAAUGAAGCUGAUGACUGUCAAAGAAAACUUAGAAAGCUGAAGUUUGAAUCCAUUGUUUCUGAGUCACGUCACACAAGACUGCUUAAAGAAAAAGAAGAAUCUUUAAUGGCUUGUCAAAAAAUACACACAACCUUACAGGAACAACUGACUGCAAAAGAAAGGCAAGAAGAAGAUGCAAAAAGAAGAAUUAGCCUUGCAGAAAAUGAACUUGAAAUAAUGAAAACUCUUCUGAAUCAGACAAAGGAAGAGGUUGUGACACUGAAAAAUGAAAGAGAGUUGAUGCUGAUUUCCCAUCAGAAACGCGUCAAGCAGCUGCAGGAAACCCUUACACAGAAGCUGCUGAGUGAUGAUAACUGGAGGGAGAAGAUUGAAGCUGAACUCGCCAAGCAAAGAGCCCAACAUUUAGUUGAAUUUGAGGAACAAGCUCUUCUCUUUAAAGAAGAAGCUAAGUUGAUACUUGAUACUGAAAAGGAAAAAUACCAAGAAAUGAUCCAAAAGUAUCAGAAAGAACAAGAGGAACUUCAAAUGAAGAUAUCUGACCUAAUCGAAGGCGCAACUAGAGAUCUAAGGCUGGAAGUAGUUACUCUACAAGAAAAACUCUGCGAAUCCCAGGUGAGAUACACUCAAGAAUCUGAGUCCAAGGAAAAAGAAAUUGAAAAUCUGAGAAGUUUGGUUGCAGAAUUUGAAUCUCGCUUGAAGAAGGAAAUUGACAGUAAUGAUUCCAUGUCAGAGGACCUGAGGAAGGGAGUGAAGCAGAAGUCAGAUGAACUGGAGAGAGUAUUGCUGGCCCAAACCCAACUGAUGGAGCAAUUUAACCAGUCCCAGGAAGAGAACACUGUUCUUCAGGAGACAGUGCGUAGAGAGUGUGAAGAACGCUUCGAACUGACGGAGGCUUUGAGUCAAGCCAGAGAACAGCUCCUGGAGCUGAGGAAGCUCAGUGGAAGUUUACCGUUGUCACCGUGUUCCCUCAGCCAGGGCAACCUAACCUUCUCUGCUGCAGCAGUCAGUAAUCACGGAGAGAAAAGCCUUGCAAGAGCGAACUCUAAAAAAGGAAUCAAAAUCCCCAGCCUGCAACCAGUGUCAAAACCCACCGUUUCCCCAGAGAAGCCCAAGAGGAUGGGCAGCUCAGGUUUGCCUGUCUUCCCUCAACCAAAUCCUCCCAGGGGUCGCACAUCUUCAGGAAAUGAGACCAGACAAAGACAGGCUGCCAUUCUUUGGAGGAGGCUGAGUCGGCAAUGAUUGACCCCAAGUCAGGAGGCCAGGGACAGGUCCACACGGCGUGCACAGCCUUUCACGGAGUACCAUAGACUCCCUGUAACUGAGGAGGAUGAAGAUGGAAUUACUGUCACAGAUCAAGAAUGGGGGUUAAAAUGCAUGCCUAUAGGUAUUUUUAACAACGCCAAGAGGAAGAAAAAUGUAAAAAACUAGGAAAUUAUGAAGUCACAUUUUCUAAGGGGCCUUUGAAAUUGCAACAGAGAAUCAAGUUGUUGGUAGCCUAGAGGCCAAUUGUACAUUGUCUGUGUCUUCUGUAUUGUAUAUGUUUAGAUGUGCUGUAUAAAUAUGUCCUUUUAGAGAUCACAGCUAAAAAUUCUCACCCAUAGGGUCUUUUUCAUUUUCUUGCACAUUUCA